AUGCCAAAAUUGACAUUGGACGAGUUCUUCAACUAUACUGACUUUACUUCAUUAACACUUGCACCUGACAAUAGUCAAUCAAUUCUCAUUCAAACACGACAUCGCAUAUGGAAUCAUAAUAUCAGUGAGUAUCAUCUCCAUUUACAUUCGCUUGAUGAUAAGAGCAAAAUAUUAUUAACAAGACAUGCGUCCAGUUUACUUCGACCUCGUUGGCAAGGCGAAUGGAUUGCCUAUCUAAGUGGAAAUCAGUCCAAUACAAUUUAUUUGUAUUCCACUCGAAUGAAGCAAACGUUUCCUCUGCCAUUGAGUAACGAAUCGAUUCAUGCUUUUACAUUGUCAAACAUCAAUACAAGUCUCUACUUUGCUGCACGAACACCGUGGACAAAUGAGGCUGAUAAAGCAUACAAGAAUGAAUGGAAUGAUGUAAUUGAAUAUCGAGACAAAGAACGAGGUGAUACAAUCUAUCGUGUCAAUUUGGAAGAUAUUAAUCAAUUUCAAAUUGAAAUUUUGGCAAAUAUUUCAUUACGAGUCGUAGAAUUGAUUUGUUCGUCUGAUGGAAAACGUUUGGUGUAUUCGACUGAAUCAACAUUACAACACAUUGAAUCAAUGGAUGAUUAUGAAAUUUAUUCCAUUGAUUUGACUGAUCGUUCAUCUACGAUUCCACGUCGAUUAACAAACAAUCAAGCUAUUGAACGAAAUUUGAAAUGGUUUAAUAACGACUCGUUUCUUUUUACUGUAACAGGUGAAGGAUCGAUCGAUGGUGAGUAUCGAGAUACUCAAGGACGACUCUAUUCAUUCGACCUUCUCACUGGAAAUAUUCAUCGUUGGGCUAAUCAAUUUAAAGGUUCAAUAAGAGCUUACGAUUUGUUAGAAAAUGGACGACAAGGUUUAAUUAUUCUCGGUCAAUUGAAUACCGAGAUACAAGUUUAUGCACAACAAUCGAUAAGUAGUCCAUUAGCUAAAAAAAUAGGUUGGAAUGGAACAUAUGAAUCGAUUAUUACUACCUAUGCUGAUAACAAAUCUAUCAUUGCUUUUCUUCAUUCCUCGUUCGAUGCACCACAAGAAGUGUAUUUCGUUGAUAAUAUUGAUCAACUAACUCUUGCUCAAUCAAUUACAUACGAAAAUAAACUUUUUAAAGAACGAAAUCUACCUAAAGGUACAUCCUAUCGAUGGUUAAAUAAAGAUGAUGGAACUGAAAUCGAAGGCAUUCUUCUCUAUCCGCCGGAUAAGUUUCAGGAGAAAAAUUUGCCAUUACUAGUACUCAUUCACGGUGGACCUUAUCUUGCUGAUUUGAAUGCUUUUUAUGCCGAUUGGUAUUUUUGUGCAAUAAUGAUGGCCACUGAAGGUUGGCUUGUACUGCAACCAAACUAUCGGGGUUCAUCAGGUAAUUGA